AUGACUUCGAAAUCUGUUGAUGCUCCCUCUUACAGCCAGGUAGCCUGUGUUGGUGCAGGGCUAUCGGCCGUGGCUCUAGGAGCAACACUGAAGAGAUGGUAUGACCUGGAAGAUAUUCAGUUCUUCGAGCGACAUCCCAACAGUGGUGGAACAUGGUACAUCAACACCUAUCCUGGAUGCGCCUGCGAUGUGCCGAGCGCACUGUACAGCUUCUCCUUCGCACUCAACCCCAACUGGACAAGGCUCAUGCCCUCAAACACUGAAAUCAAAGAGUAUGUCGACAACGUGGUCGACACCUACAACCUCCGUCGCAAGAUGACCUUCGGAACGGAAGUAGUCCGCAGUGUCUGGCGCGAGGAUGCAAGUCGCUGGCUUCUAUACCUCCGAGACCUGAGUUCCGGGCGCGAAUACACCCACGAGUGCCAGAUCCUCUUUGCAGCAACAGGGCAGCUCGUCGAGCCACGGCCGUGUGAGAUCCCUGGUGCCGCCGACUUCCACGGGAGUAUCUUCCAUUCAGCGCGGUGGGAUCACAGCGUGGACCUCCAGGGGAAGAAUAUUGUUGUGAUCGGGAAUGGCUGCACUGCUGCACAGAUUGUCCCGGACCUGGUAAACGAGGCAAAUAUAAAGUCUCUCACGCAGGUUAUCCGGACAAAGCACUGGAUAUUUCCUGCCCCGAACUUCACCUACCCACGGGUCUUGCAAUGGAUCUUCCGCUAUGUUCCAUUUGCAAUGAAGCUGCACCGACUCCAUAUCUUCUUGAUUGCCGAGAAUGACUUUCGCUUGUUUCCAAUGACCAAAGGAGCUGCGAAGCUGCGAGAGAAGCGGCGAAAGCAGGUCGAGAAAUACAUGCGCGAGGCAGGCCCAGAGAAAUAUCACGACCUCCUGAUUCCGGACUUUGAUGUAGGAUGCAAGAGGCGAAUAUUCGACCCCGGCUACCUGGACUCUCUACACAGCGACAAGCUCUCUUUAACUGACGCGAAGACCGAAGAGAUUACCGCAGACGGCCUCAAGACAGACAAAGGCUUCAUUCCGGCGGACGUUAUCAUUCUCGCGACAGGCUUCCAGACCAACAAAUUCAUCCCGUACAUGGAUGUAGUGGGACGCCACGGCGAGAAUGUAUCCCAACACUGGACCAAGUAUGACGGCCCAGCCGCCUACAACUGCUCUGUGCUGAGCGGCUUUCCGAAUUUCUUCAUGCUGCUCGGGCCUAAUGCUGCUACUGGGCAUACGUCGGCCAUGAUGGCUGCGGAGAACUCGAUCAACUACGCUCUCCGUGUCUUGAAGCCCGUUUUGGAUGGCGACGCCGUGUCGGUUGAUCUGAAGCCAAAAUCCGAGCGCGACUAUGUUUACUGGGUGCAGGACGCAUUGAAUAAACGUGUUUGGAACGCGGGCUGUGUAUCAUGGUAUCUCAAUGAUAAGAAAUGGAACUCCAUGUCCUAUCCCUGGACACAAGGCCACUACUGGUGGAGGAGUCUCUUUCCCACCUGGUCCGAUUGGGAUAUAAAGAAAGCUACGAAGCCAUCAUCCGGUGAAUCGUGGAGAAUUCUGGUCCUUGCUCUUCUUUGCAUUGGUGUUUUGGGGACCACACAGUACCCUCGCAUGCAAAUGUGUCUCGAGCUUAUUGAAACCUAUUCGGCUAGGGUACCAUCCAGUAUCCUGAGCAGGUAG